AUGAUAUACAGUGGUAGCAAGCAGCAGCAGCAGCAGGUCGAGCAUACUGAAUCUAUCUCACCCUGCAUUGCACUCCAUCAGGGAUUCAGGAUGAACCAUGGGCAGCAGCAGCCGUACCACCUGAGCAACACGGUGAUCGGCUACCUCAACCUGCUCACGCUGCUCGCCUCCAUCCCCGUCAUCGGCGCGGGCCUCUGGCUGGCGCACGCCGCCUCCGCCGCGCCGGGCCCCACGUGCCAGUCCGCGCUGCAGGCCCCGCUGCUCGCCGUCGGCUUCGUCGCCUUCCUCGUCUCGCUCCCGGGCUUCGUCGGCGCGCGCUACCACGUCUCAUGGGCGCUCUGGCUCUACCUGCUCGCCGUGCUCCUCCUCGUGCUCUUCCUCCUCGGCGCCACCGUGUUCGGCCUCGCCGUCACGGCGGGCGGCGGCGGCAGGAUGGUGCCCGGGAGGCCCUACCGCGAGUAUCGGAUGCGGGACUACUCGCCGUGGCUGCGGGGCCACGUGUCCGCCGACCGGUACUGGCGCACGGCGCUGGCGUGCGUGGCCAGCUCCAGGGCGUGCCCCAAGGUGGCCGGAUGGACGCCCGACGACUACAUGCGCCGCGACCUCACGCCCGUGCAGUCCGGAUGCUGCAAGCCGCCCACGUCCUGCGUCUACGGCGGCGACGGGCUGACGGGCCAGGGCCCGGCGGUGGUGGCGGUGCAGGACGAGGACUGCUUCCGGUGGCAGAACGACCCGGCGGUGCUCUGCUACGGCUGCGACUCGUGCAGGGCCGGCGUGAUGGAGCAGCUGCGCCGCCACUGGCACAACGUCACCGUCGUCAACGCCGUGCUGCUGCUGCUGCUCAUCGCCGUCUGCUCCUGCGGCUGCUGCGCCUUCCGCAACGCCCGCCGCGCCGAGUACGCCUACGCCGGACGCAUGUCCAAGAUCCACCCGCGAUGGGACUACUUCUGGUCAAGGUGGUGGCGUGGCCACAGAGAACAAAUCUAUUAA